AUGAGCAGUGGUGAUGAUUCAAUGGAGGCGCAGUACAUACAAAGGCACCACAGGCAUGAGCCCAGAGAGACCCAGUGCACUUCGGCUUUGGUUAGGCACAUCAAGGCCCCUGCGCAUCUCGUAUGGUCAUUGGUGAGAAGAUUUGAUCAACCGCAGAAGUACAAGCCCUUUGUUAGCCGAUGCACCAUGAAGGGGGACCUUGGCAUUGGGAGCGUUAGAGAAGUGAAUGUUAAAUCUGGGCUUCCUGCAACGACAAGCACUGAGAGGCUGGAGCUUCUUGAUGAUGAUGAGCACAUUCUUGGCAUCAAGAUUGUUGGUGGUGAUCAUAGGCUAAGGAAUUACUCGUCAAUUAUUACUGUCCACCCUGAGGUUAUUGAUGGGAGACUAGGGACACUUGUAAUUGAAUCCUUUGUAGUGGAUGUGCCUGAUGGGAAUACCAAGGAUGAGACAUGCUACUUUGUUGAGGCCCUAAUCAGGUGCAACCUGAAGUCUUUGGCUGAUGUCUCAGAGAGGAUGGCUGUCCAGGACCGAACUGAACCUAUCAAUCAUUAG